AUGCCGGAAACUAUCAACAAGGCUCUAGAUCCGCUACCAGAUCGCUGGUACUACUUCUUCGGAGUUCUAGAACCGAUCUCAGUGCUAGCCGGAGCAUACUAUGCCCUCAUCCUCCCAGAAAGAUACAACGACGGGCUCAUUCCCCCUUCUUUCCUCCCCGAAUCAUCAGCCCAAUCCUCUCUUCGACAAGCAGGAGUCUUGACCAACUCCACACGAAUGGCUCUGGGUCAGCUUGGCUCGUGCUAUUUGCUGAUCAUGUUGAACUCCGCACUCAUGUUCUAUGCAUUAAGGAAGUUUUUGAGGAGAAAGGGGGAUGAGGUGGUGCUGGAGAGGAUGGUGAGGUAUUUGAUCGUGGUAUUGGGGGUAGCGGAUUGGACACAUAUUGGCUUAACGCUUUGGUUGUUGCCUAAUGGACCGGCGAAGAGGAGUGGGUUGGUUGGGAUGCAGAAGGCUGGUGUAAUGGAAAAAGUUGCGCUUCUGGCUAAACCUGCUUCCUGGAACAGCUUGCUCUUUGGAAACGUGAUCAUUACGUUCACUCUUUUCUGCUUCCGAGUCAUGUGGUGGACAGGAGUCGCAAGAGGAAGCCCACUCAAAGCUGCUAGUCGCUUAAAGACAGCCUAG